AGCAGUGCACGAAUUAUUGGCAUAUCAGUUACAGUUUCGGACUUUACAGCUUACUUCUGGCCUCCGUGGCUUGCACUGGGGUGCGCUGUCCUGAGCAUCAUAAACAGAGCUAGCGAACAAACUGCCUUUGCACACCAGGGCACGUUUGUUUUGGGAGCAGCUGAUUUAUCGGGUAGGGUUCUUCGGCUAACGGGUUUGGCAGAGCAAUGGCUGAAGCAGAAGGAGAAGCUCCGGUGGAGGUUCCUGCAACUUACAUUUCAGUGCAGAAACUGACACAAGGCUUCGGUGCAUGCAAGACACUGGUGGACUCUGGCGUUGAUGGAGACAUCCUAGGAAUGUGGCUGCUUACGCUAGUGGACCACUGGGACCAUGAUUUCGAGCGCAUAGUGGUCUUGACCAGCAACUCGCUGCUGGUGGUGAAGUACGACUUUCUCAAGAUGGUGGUCAGUCGCACUACACGCGUGGCAUUCUACACAAUCUUCAGACUGACCACCGGGCCCUUUGCCUACCCGGAGAAAUCUGCAGUGCCACAACGAUCAAGACGGGCUGGAACUGGUGUUCGCAUCUUCUUCAAGAAAGAAGAACCAUCUAUGCUACAGAAGUUCAACCCCUGGACGAAGGAAAUGCCGUUCGUAACAUUCUCAUCUCACAUCGUAGCACGAGAGGCGUCGGGAACAGAUAUGCGACAGGAUGAUAUACGACUCCAGGUUGAUCCGUUCUAUGGACGCCUCGUCGAGGCCGUGCGCAGCUGCCGUGCCCGCCUGAUCACGGAUCGGCGCAUGGCCGGGGUGGACAAUGAUGCGGCGGCCGCCUCGGAGGCAGCUCCACCGGAAACACUGGAGGUGGCCGACGAGCCAGUGACCCUGGACGUCUAUCUAGGCUGGUCAGCUGCACUGUACAACACCAGUCAGCUGGGAUUCUUGAAGAACCGCGGCUUCAUCAAUUUCUAGUAUGUACAUGUAGGCGAGAGAAUCCAGAGCAUUCACGUGAACAUUACAGAAAGCCAGUCACCAGUGCAUAUACAACCUGGGCAGUAUUUUUCACUAGUUGUAAAUUUGUAGCCAUCUUACGUGUACAUCAUCAGUGACCUAUAAUAGCACGUUGUUACAUCACAGUAGCUUGUGUUAGCGAUAUUGGAUAGAGCACAGUGGACGCUCAAGUACUUCUGCUGGGGUUGCUGCAUCGUCUAGUAUAGCAGCCUGCAUUCAUGUGCAGGCUGUAAAUAGGAGUCAUAAGGUCAUCCAACGCCACAUCCAUAAGUUUAUGUUUAGCUAACAGGCGAUUGCCUUCUCUACUUGACUUUUUAAGCAGUUGGAAACACAGCAAAAGUACUGGAGAAAUUAGCAGUGUGCUUCUGAAUGCAGCAUGAUAAAACCUAAGAUUUUGCGGUACACUCUACCCCUUUUUGAAGAUUAUUUUCUACUAAAUAACUUACGCUAGCAUUUUUUUGCAUAAUAGCACCAGUAUGCACAACAGUACAUCCAAUGAAAUUGAUUCUCCUUUCGUGUCCGGCCUAGUCAGUGCCUGGCUUACAGUGAAAGCGUUUACAGCCUUCA